AUGAACCCGGAGGAUCAGACUCAGCCAAGCGUCGAUGACACGGCGACCAGAGACGAGUCCUCCAUCACGAAGCCUGACGUCUCAACAACCACGGAAGAACCUCUACAGCCCCAGCCUGCUAGUCACAUCUCGUUUGAGUACCUCCAGAGUAUUCUCGUGCAGUUUACGAUCUGGGCACCCGUCAUCUACUUCUUGCUCCAUUUCCGCGCCAACCUCUUCACCAGCGAUGUUCUCACCAACGCUCGGGCUUCUGAAUCUCUACUACUAACUACGAUUAUCACUGUCCGCACCAUCACAACCGAGUACAUGCGAAGAACCAUCGACGCGCAGACGAAGACUCUGAAAGGAAAUGCGGAUACGGUGAGGGGAUUACAAGACGAGAACAAGGCGUUAUCAGAAGAGCUUUCUACUUGUCUCCAGGGCAGAGAAGACGCGUAUGAUUCGCAUAGGCAACGCAUCAACGAAGCCCGUCUUAGACACUACACAUCCCUCCACAAGCACCAAAGCAGCACCAUCAGUUAUCUAGAACAUCUAUCCAGAACCCACACCAAGGUCUCCGAGUCUCCCGCGCUAAAUAUCCCGUUCGAUAAGCUCUACAUGAUGCGAUCAAGAACACAAAUGCGACUGAACAUAGCUGAGAGUAUCGAGAAGAUCCUGUACUCAAAAACAUUACGCGCAUUGAAAGACGAGGGAGCUGAUGGCUUUAUCCGCGAGGCAGAAAAUGAUCUGGAGAAGGCGGCGGUGGUAGAUGGGUAUUUGUUGCAUCUGGAAGAUCUGGCGAAAAAUCCUGCUGCUCCUGCUAGGGUCGAUUCUGGGUUGGAAGUGAGGUUGAAUGGGCAUAGGGAGAGGCUGGAGAGGUAUUGUGAGGGGGAUUGGAGGGUUAGGAAUCAUUUGAGGAAGGUAGAUAGGGAGGAGGAGCAAGAGUAG